AUGCUGGACGAGAACCACCAGCUGAUCCAGUGCAUCCUGGACUACCAGAGCAAGGGCAAGACGGCCGAGUGCACCCAAUAUCAGCAGAUCCUGCACCGGAACCUGGUGUACCUGGCCACGAUCGCCGACUCCAACCAGAACAUGCAGUCCCUGCUCCCAGCCCCGCCCACCCAGAACAUGAACCUGGGCCCCGGAGCGCUGUCCCAGAGCGGCUCCAGCCAGGGCCUGCACUCCCAGAGCGGCCUCGGCGACACCAUCAGCACGGGCCUGCCCCCCUCCUCCCUCAUGCAGGGCCAGAUCGGCAACGGUCCGAACCACGUGUCCCUGCAGCCGACAGCACAGAGCACACUGCCCACCACCUCCCUGAGCUUGUCGGCCAGCAGCCACAGCUCGGGGCCCGGCUACAGCCACGCAGGGCCCGGCUCACAGAGUGUGCCACUGCAGGGCCAGGGUGCCAUCGGCAGCUACGUGUCCCGGACCAACAUCAACAUGCAGUCCAACCCAGUGUCAAUGAUGCACCAGCAGGCGGCCACAUCCCACUACAGCUCGGCGCAGGGCGGGAGCCAGCACUACCAGGGCCAGACGUCCAUGGCCAUGAUGGGCCAAAGUGGCCAGGGCAGCGGCCUGAUGGGGCAGCGGCCCAUGGCGCCCUACCGGGCCUCUCAGCAAGGCUCGUCACAGCAGUAUAUGGGCCAGGAGGAGUACUACAGCGAGCAGUACAGUCACGGCCAGGGCGCCGCCGAGCCCAUGAGCCAGCAGUACUACCCCGACGGCCACGGCGACUAUGCCUACCCGCAGUCAUCCUACACGGAGCAGAGCUACGACCGGUCAUUCGAGGAGCCUGCCCAGCACUACUACGAGGGCGGAAACUCACAGUACAGCCAGCAGCAGGCCAGCUACCAGCAGGGGACGGCCCAGCCGCAGACGUACUCCCAACAGCAGUACCCCAACCAGCAGAGCUACCCUGGGCAGCAGCCGGGCUACGGGCCAGCCCAGGGCGCCCCCGCGCAGUACCCCAGCUACCAGCAAGGACAAGGCCAGCAGUACGGAAGCUACCGGGCGUCUCAGACGGCACCGUCUGCGCAGCAGCAGAGGCCAUACGGCUACGAGCAGGGCCAGUACGGGAACUACCAGCAGUAAGGGACCGCAUUCUUGUCGGUGCUCUUGUGACAGUGUGUCCAUCCAGGGAGCGGAUGGGCCGGCGGCAGUUCUGACGAGCUGUGAUCCGUGGGUUCCCCUCUGCCCGACGCAGUGUCUGCAUGCGAAGCUCGUUUCACGCUGGGUAUGACGCUGGGCGUGCUCGCCGGCACAGGCCGCGCUUGGAUGGUGUGACAUAUUCGGUGCUGUGUACAGUAUUGUAUGUUGAUGCGACGGAGAGGUUGUCCUUUUUUAUGUCCCCUUCCUCAAUGUUUCUAGCUAGCUGUAGGGCUCACGUCACCAGAGUGCUCUGUGCCCGAGGACAGGAAAGACCUUAAUGCUUAGUUCGUGUAUCCAUACAGCAGGCCUCAGGUCUGGGUUCUCUGCACGUGCAGCCGUCCUGAGGUGGGCUGGACACUUCCCUCUAGCUGGUCACAGUGCAGGUUGACAUGCGCAGCCCUGGCACAGCCCCUUCUGUGCCACAGGGGGGCGCUUUUCUGUGUGGGCUCAGCUGCUGUCACAGCGCACAGGACGAACGUGUGCCAUUGUUGGAGAGGCUGUGAAUGGUCAUUUCCAGAGCUUGCUCAUUACCUGUGUCUCACGCUGAUUCCGUUUUUCCAGAAAGUUCCACGUUUUUGAUUGAAAAGUAAAGAGGGAUCAGUGAGUACCUUCCAAAUAAGUCAGCGUAACCAGGGAGAGUGGAGUGACCACCAGAAAGGGCCAUCCCUGGGAACUGGGGCAUCGGAGAUGACUCUGUCUUUGGCCCUUGUUUGUCUGAUGGUUGUUUCUGGGGUUUGAAUACUUAGUGUACCCAAUUCUAAAUGUAAAGAUAAAUUUAAAUACUGAUACCAAAUUUUCCAAAUCGUUGGCAAGUUGUUUAUUUUAUAUUAUUUUUUCCAGGACCUACUUGUUCAGAUCUGCAAGCAAGCAUUCCUUUUCUUUUAGUGAUAUCUGAAAUGCACAUCCUAGUUUUAAAAGGAACCCCAAUAACUUUAUUGUGUUCUUCCUCAUGAAAA